AUGGUAGUAUAUGCAUUAGAUGAAUAUUAUCUCGGUGUAACUGCUGUCAUUACUGUAGGGUAUCAAGCAUUGGCAUUUCUUAUUAUGUUAAUAUUCGGUGAUGAAACCAUCAAUGAUUUUGCAGGUGGUUCAAAUUUUUUAAUUUUAGCUCUUGUUACAUUAAAUUUGGGUGGUACAUAUUAUGCACGUAAUAUCAUUGUUUCUGUGUUAGUCAUGGUAUGGGCAGCACGAUUAGCUAUUUUUCUUUUGAUUCGUGUUAUUAAAUCUGGUGGUAAAGAUACUCGAUUUGAUGAUAAAAGAAAAAAACCUGCAGCUAUGGCUAUUUUCUAUAUUCUUCAAAUUCUUUGGGUUUGGAUUGUAUCACUUCCAGUUACAUUACUUAAUUCUCCAGCUGCAUCUGUUCCUAGUCAAGGAGGUGGAAAUCCUCCGUUAGGAGCACGUGAUAUUGCUGGUAUUGUUAUGUGGUCAAUAGGAUUUAUUUGUGAAGUUGUAGCAGAUUUUCAUAAAUUUGCUUGGAGAUUUUCAAAUCCACCAAAAUCACAAUUUAUGCGUUAUGGUCUAUGGAAAUUUAGUCGAGCUCCAAAUUAUUUUGGUGAAAUUUUACUUUGGUGGGGUAUAUUUGUUAUUGUUAAUAGUAUUGCAAUAUCAGAUAUUGCCAAUGGUAAUGUAAAAAAAGCUUUAUGGGCAAGUAUAUUAAGUCCAAUAUUUACAAUGAUUCUUCUUCUUGGACUUAGUGGACUUCCACUUACUCAAAAACCAACAGGAAAAAAAUUUUUCUUAAUGUCAAAUGGGUCAGAUGUUGAUCAACGUGCUAUUCAAGAUCCAGAUGUUAAAAGUGCUUGGUCAAGAUAUGAUGAAUAUGUCAAAGAAACAUCUGUUCUUAUUCCAUUUCCAAAUUUUAUUUAUCGACGAUUUCCAGAAUUUUUACGUUGGAUUUUUCUUGAUUUUCCUUUCUAUCGUUUUAAUGAAAGUAAAGAAGGUGCAAAAGUUUUACAAGAAGAAGAACAAAAAACGAAAACUAAUACUGAAAAAAGUGCAAUGAUUACUUAA